AAGGGCCGGUGCUGUUUCCCGGGAUGGUGGGGGGAGGAGGGGCGUUGCUUCGUGUCUUUCCAGGUUAGGGAAGGUCGUUGCGAGGGGCAAGUAAGUGAAGCAGGAACCUCGCCCCCUUCAUCGGGGGCAACUAACGAUCCUGAAGGGGCAGCAGAUCCUGAAGAAAAGUCUCCCUCAGCAACGUGGGGGGAGUGAACAAUUGAGGAGGGAGAGGCAUGUAUAGAAGUUACCUGGGAAAGGUGUCAGCAAGUAGUUUGAGGUGGGGGGUCUGAAGGAAAAAAAUUGGCUGCCCCCCAAAAAAAAAUCAUUGGAGGGGACCAUAUUUGUAGGAGACACAGAAAUCCCCCCUCCCCCCCCCAGGAUAUUGUGGGGUCAGAAAGCAAGACAUGGGGAGGCAGGUGGGCUGGGGUGCUUUCCAGCCCUCCUUAAGUAGCCUUGCCCUGCUGAAGCAAGUGCAUGAGGGGUUCCUCCAGCUGGCCCUCUUGCGCAGGGGGCGCCCUGCUAAGCCCAAAGCCUCCGAGGUGUUGAGCCAGCACCUGCUGCAGAGGGGGCUGCCCCACUGGACCUCCUACUGCGUCAAGUACAGCGCGGUGCACAAUGACCAGUUUGGGCUCUCCAACUUCAACUGGGAGGUGAAAGGGACAAACUACCACAUCCUGCGGACUGGCUGCUUCCCCUUCAUCAAGUACCACUGUUCCCGAGCGCCCCACCAGGACCUGGCGAUGCAGAACUACUUCUUCACAGCUCUCAAACUAAUAAACUUUGGUAUCCCAACUUUAUUAUAUGGAAUUGGCUCCUGGUUCCUUGUCAGUGUCACAGAAACUGUUCACACGCAUUGUGGCCCAGUCACUAUUUACUUCCUCAAUAAAGAAGAUGAAGGUGCCAUGUACUAAACUACUCAUUUCAAGGACUGACACUUUCAUGGUAUAUUGCAGCAAAAGACAGACAGAGGGGGAUUGUUGUUUGCAAUCUAUUUGUAUGUAACAUGUUCAAGUUUCAAAAUGUCCCUAUUUUUCCUUCAGUACCCUUUUAGUUUUCUUUGAGUCUGGCAAAGUGCAGAAUAGAUUUUAAAAACCAUGGAAAAUUACUUGAAGCUACUUUUGUUUUCAAAAACUUUUGGUCUGCAAAUAAUAAAUAUAAUAAUGAAAAUAUA